AUGCCCUUGAAAUUAAUACGAAAGUUGUCUUUUCGACACAAGAAAAGUGCUGACCGUGACGAUCUGAAGAUUACCGCAGCUUGUUCGAACGGAACCAUGCAUAAAUCAUCUUCUUCUAAAGGAUUAUUCCAAAGAGGCUCUACAAGUUCUGUCGAUACAAAUAACUCGACCAGCAGUUUUCCGGAAGAAGUUCUUUUGAAGAUAGUUGAUUCGGCUGAUAUUUUCGAGCAAAUUCGUCUUCGAGCAGUUUGUAAAACAAUCAAAAAUCAUGUGGAUAAUAAGUUGAAACCAUAUACCCAUUUGGAUGUUCAAAAAGCUGAUGUUCGUCAAAUGACGUCAUCUUCUGAUGGUUGGGUUCUUGGAGAGAACAGUCAAGUUGCUAUUAAAUUGAAGGAAAAAAAAGUUCGGAUAGUUGUUGAUAGAAAAUGGACAGCUAGAGAUAUUCAGGCAAUCGUUGGAUUGAUGAGUGUUUUUCGUAAAUCUGUGAUAGAAGCAACUAUUGACGCCCCGAUCGCCGAAUUAUUAGUGGUUUCCAUAUCUGCUUUGGACUUAAAUCGUUGGUAUGCUUUUCAAUGUUUCAUGAAAGCAAUGGAUGCCAUGGAUGAAGAUAUGCAUCUCCAAUGUGAAUUUACAAACCCUGGCGAGGUAUAUUGGCCGAAAGUUCAACAUUUAACAAUUCGAACAACUGAAAGAGAAGCACCCCACUUAGACAGAGUCAUCGAUUACGGCGUCAAAUGUAAUUUUGUAUUGGAACGACGAAAUUUGCAUCGAUUGCGAAUUGUUUUUGUCGACAUUGAAAUGACCACAAAGACUGUCAGUAAACAUCUUUAUAAUUUCAGAUGUUGGGCAGGUUCUGCCGGCUUUGACCAUCGGUUCGAGCAGCAAUUUGGUGUUUUAAUUUGA